AUGUCAGCAUGCCAACCAGCUAACUCGCCAUUGGAGGAAGGAUUGAAGCUCUGUAUUGAAAGUGACCAAAUUCCAGUUGAUAAAGGAAAAUAUCAAAGGAUGGUAGGAAGAUGGAUGUACUUAGCACACACAAGACCAGAUCUUGCAUAUACAUUAAGUGUUGUUAGCCAAUUUAUGCAUAAUCCUGGUGAACAACAUAUGAAGGUGGUCAUGCGUAUCUUGAGGUAUUUGAAGUCUGCUUAUGGGAAAAGGAUACUAUUCACUAAAAAGGCAAAUUAUCAAGAAAUAAUUGUCUAUACAAAUGUCGAUUGGGUAGGAGCAAUUGAUGAUAGGCGAUCAACCUCUAGUUACUUCACAUUUAUGGGUGGUAUUCUCGUUACAUGGAGAAGUAAAAAAUAA